AUGAAAUUUCGACAUGAUGCUGGAGGAAGUUGCCAGGAAACCACGCCAUUGGUAUCGAAUGUCCCUCAAAACUCCAAGUUUCUGUAUCUACUCACACUUUGUUCUACACUUGGUGGAUUUUUAUUCGGCUACGAUACGGGAGUGAUUUCCGGUGUUUUAGUGCUUCUUAAAGAUCCUCAAUCUUUUCACUUGACAAAUUUUGAAAGUGAGACUGUCGUCUCUGCUGCAAUUUUUGGAGCAAUUUUAGGAGCUGCUUUAAGUAGCUGUGGCAACCACAUUUUUGGUCGACGUCCUGUCAUUUUGUUGUCAUCCAUUAUGUUUGCAAUAGGCUCCAGCUUCAUGGCAGUAGCUACAUCAUUUAUUGAGCUGCUUGUUGGAAGACUUAUUGUGGGAAUUGCUAUUGGGUUUGCGUCAAUGACGGUACCACUUUACAUUGCAGAAGUGUCACCACCCAACAUUCGCGGUCAAUUAGUGUCGCUUAAUACGGCACUUGUGACUGGAGGUCAAUUCUUUGCAGGAGUUCUUGAUGCGUUGCUUGCAGAUGUACAUGAUGGAUGGAGAUAUAUGCUUGGAUUAGCAGCAAUUCCUGCACUUUUGCAAUUUUGUGGAUUUUUAUUGCUGCCUGAAAGUCCGCGAUAUUUACUUAGUGAAGAAAGAAGGGAUGAUGCAUUGAAAGCAUUAAAACAGAUUCGAGGUAAUGAUGAGAUUCAGACCGAGAUUGAUCAUAUUGAGACUGAGCUUUUGCAUGCUCGAGUGCAACGAGUGAAUAUCUGGGAUGCUUUUCGCUCGCGUGGAGUACUUCGUGCACUUAGACUUGGAUGUUUCUUACAGGCUCUUCAACAGCUCUGUGGAAUCAAUACAGUCAUGUACUAUGGGGCGUCGAUUAUUCAGCUUGCAGGCUUUACAAAACCAACAACAGCCAUUUAUCUUUCGAUGCUCGUGUCUUUUAGUAACUUUAUCUUCACCUUUGUGGGGAUCCAUCUCGUAGAUCGCAAAGGUCGUCGGUUGCUCACGCUUGGAAGUUUAAUUGGAAUCUCGCUGUCGCUUCUAGCCCUAGGUGCAAGUUUUUACGCCGCAGAGUUGCAAUCGAUGAAAGCCGUUGGAAUCGGCGAGUGCUCUCGUAUUACAACCUGCUUAGAUUGCAUCACUAGUGCGAAUUGCGGAUUCUGUUCGGAAGGACAAGUUUCUCAAGUAUCAGCAUUAACGGAUACUCUUUGCCUUCCAGGAACGCUUGCCGCACCUACUCAGGGAAGCUGUACUGAAACGAAUUGGGCUUUUAUAUCGUGUCCAUCUGAAUCCCGUACAGCUGGAUGGAUAGUGUUAGUGACACUCUUUGUCUAUCUGGCGUGCUUUGCGAGUGGGAUGGGCUGUAUGCCGUGGACCAUCAAUGCUGAAAUUUACCCCCUCCAUGUUCGAAAUUUCGCUCUGAGCAUUGCUACAUCUGUCAAUUGGCUCUUCAAUCUUAUUGUGUCGUUUACAUUUCUCACAAUUGUAGACACACUAAAGCCGUACGGUGCAUUCUGGCUUUAUGCAUCAUUUGCACUUAUCGGAUUAGUAAUUUUGUGGAACGAGCUACCAGAAACGAAAGGGCUGAGACUCGAUGAGAUCCAGCGCAUUUUUGAUAUGUCGAAUCACAUUAAUAUGCAAAACUAA